CACCACCACCACCACCACCACCAUGUGGCCGCGACCAUGAAUUUUUCACACGACGGGGGGCUCCUUGAGACAACCUAGGAUCCUGCCUCUCAUCCACUCACCCCUCGACACGAAAAAAAAAAUGACCACCUACGGCGGCGGCGUCCCUCUCUCCUACGAGACCCCCGAGUUCCCAGCCCUGUACUGGCCCGUCCACGCCAACCCGGGCGAGCCGCAGUACCUCUACUUCCUCUCCGACAUCUACCUGUACACGCUGUACUGGACGCUCAUCACCAUGGUCGCCGCGCACGGGUGCGUCGCCACCUGGGCCGUACUCAUGCAGUUUGCGUCGGCCGACCAGCGCCGCAAGUACCUCAACUCGCCGCAGGGCCGGGCACUCAGUGCGAAGAACAGGAAGUUGCUGGGGGACAAUCCGAUCGGCGAGACGCUGGGUUGGACCUGGAUCGUGCCCAUCGUAUACAUUGUCAUCGGGGCAAGCGAGGCGUUGCUGGCCGGCAGCUUGGUGGGACUGGUGUUGGGGGCGGUUUACAAUGCGGGUUAUUUUGGGAUGAGUACUUGGACGCCGUUGCUGUGGGGAGUGAUCAAUAUGCUUGUGUUGGUCGUGAGCAGCUUUAGAAUUCAGGGUGGAUUAUGAACAAGAGGAUACUGUUUACGCCCACAUCUACUCAGAUCAGGAGCGCAUAUGCUGGACGACCGGACCGACUGUGCCUCAAACAUAAGACAUGAUAUGCACAGCCCGUGAACCUGUAGGCAGCAAACAUCUCCUGCGCAAGAGAACGGGCCUGCAGAUACGAAGAGGGCGCGGCCUUUGGAAAACCAUAUGCAAGCUAACAUGAACCUCUGGCUCAUGAAGCGAGAACCAGCAGCUAGGCUUGCGUUUACCAAAGCAUCCCUCAAGAACAGUGCAUGGCAGAGUGCGAUAUAAUGCCCCAGCACACGAGAAAGGCCAAUUCUGGAUUCCCGCGACGCCUAGCAUGGCUAAUGUAAUGGGUAUUUAUGCAGGAUGCGCAAUCUCGGUGAGAAUCAAGGACAGCUGACGGUAUGUGACAAUUCCGUUAGCUGUGGCAGUCAUCAGUAGAACUCAGCGUCAAUGCCGAGUUGCUAUCCUGCAAAGGAGAAAUCCAUAGGUCAGAGACUGUCAUAAUACCAACAAG